UAUCAUUAUUUUAUUUUUAAAUGUUGUCAGAAUUCACAGUUCAACGGAACAAGAAGCCACACAGCACUUAUCCCGCACUUCUGGAAAGGUCAGAUCUUCUCUGUUUUUAGGGUUCUAUGAAGAUUGCUGAAAAGAACUUCCCAACUUUGCUUUCCUGGUGUACUACUUAGUGUUUUGGCUGCCUUCCCUGCUGAAUUAGGUAAAUUCAGACCAUUUUGGGAAUGGACUUGCUUUUCUUUGUGGGUUGCUUAUUAUCUUUAAGCUCUUUGAGAAAAAUUGUAGGGGAAUCUAACUUUGGGUGCCUUGGAGUUUUCGUUUUACUUUAAGUUGGAUUUUUCAGUUCUCACUUUUCGUUCGAAUUCUUGAUUAUUGAUUCCUAACAUGUUGGAAUACGUUCCCCCUUUUUAUUCUGAAUAGGUCCUUUAUCAUUUAGUAUUAAUAUUAUUAUAAUAUAACAUUUUAAAUUGUGAUACGUAUCAUCAGAGAAUUUGUUCUGGCAGAGUGGGAAUUUUAGUUAAUCAUAUUUUUGGCUUGCAAAAUCCCUUUCUUCCACUGUUUUGCAAAGGUAGAUUUCAUUACUAGCCUAGCCCCAGUACCCUUUUCUAUCCUGUGCAGGUAUCAGAUAGUUAAAUUUCUGUUGUUUUUUAAAAUACUUUUCUUCAUUGAUGCUCUUAUUUUAUUAUUUCCAUUUGUCAUGAUUUUCGUUUUCACCUAUUAAUGUAGACUCGUUCACCAGACAAUGAAGAAAGUGCUGGGAUGUUCUUCGACUUCAAUUGUAUCCCUGUAAAAACAACAUGUUUAUUAUCUUCUAAAAGUCUGCCUUUUGUCAGUUUUAUUCAAUUGUUUGGCUGAACGUUCACAGAAUGCAGUGUUGAAGGGAGUUGUUUGAUUGAGAAUAAGAAUUUGUUGAAGUAUGGGUUAUGUAUGUGAUUUCUGUGCGGAGCAAAGAUCCACUGUAUAUUGUAGGUCUGAUGCAGCUAGCUUAUGUUUGUCUUGUGACCAUAAUGUCCAUUCUGCUAAUGCCCUUUCAAGACGUCAUUCAAGGACACUUGUAUGUGAAAGAUGCAACACCCAACCGGCAUACGUCAGAUGUAUUGAUGAGAGGGUAUCUCUUUGUCAGAAUUGUGAUUGGACAGCGCAUUCUGGCUCAGAUACAAGUCCUGCACACAAGAGACUAAUGGUUAAUAGUUACUCUGGCUGCCCUUCAGCUGCAGAACUUUCUGCAAUCUGGUCGUUUCUGUUAGAUUCCCCUUCAGUUGGAGAUUCCACUUGUGAGCAGGGGAUGGGUUCAAUGAGCAUCACUGAUAAUAGGUUGAUGGAUUGCGAAGGCUCCCAAAAAAAGAAUGAUAUUCAGGAUGCAUCUGUUGUAUUGGAAGCUAGUGGCUUAAAUAAUAUGGAUGCCAAUAAAUCAACCGUUUGGAUGGGAUCACAAGUGCCUUUGUUUGACCCCAAUCUACAUAAACCAGAGCAGACAGCUGGAUCUUCUAAUCCUGCUUUGCCCAUGGUCUUCCCUGGAACAAAAGGACCUGCAUUUUGCGAGCUUGAUGCUUUCUAUGAUAAUUUCAAAAUGGAUGAAGUUGACUUGGAUAUCAAGAACUAUGAUGAACUUUUUGGUGCAGCUCUUGAUAAUACCGAACAGCUCUUUGACAACGAUGAGAUUGAUGGAUUAUUUGGGACAAAGGACAUGUCUGUCUCCAACUGUCAGGGUGCUAAUGCAGCUGAGGGUUCAUCAGUUGGAACGUUGAAUGUGGCACAACCAGCAUGCAGCAAUGCAGCAUCUGCUGAUUCAGUAAUAAGCUGCUGGACGGAACCAAACUUAUGUUUUGCGAGGCAAGAACACUCUCGCCCCACCAGAGAGGGUAUUGCUGGAGACGAUCAGAAUUUUGUAGAACCACCACGAUGUCCUCUGGGUCCUGAAAUUUCCGUACAUUCUUCUAGCCGGAGUGAUGCUGUAAUGCGUUACAAAGAGAAGAAGAAGACACGCAAAUUCGAGAAGAGAGUGAGAUACGAAUCUCGCAAGUCAAGAGCAGAUGUAAGAAGACGUGUGAAGGGACGGUUUGUGAAGGUGGGGGAUGCUUAUGAUUAUGAUCCAUUAAGCAAAACACGAAGCUGCUGAGCAUAAAUCUUUUGCUCUUGAAAAUGGAUGAUGUGCACUUUUUAUUUCGUGCAAUGAAUGACGAAUUGUACGAAUGUAUGCAGGGCAGUAAAGGUUUUGUUCAGGAGCCAACUCCUAUACUUCGUCGACAAGAUUCAAAAUGUCUUUUAACAGCUAAGUUUAGAUUGUUAUUGCCUCAGUGAAAAAGGCCUAUAUUUUGCCUUCAGCUUUAGAGAGAGAUCAAAUUUAUUUGUUUCUGUUCAUGUUUGAUUAGCAUCUCUAAUUGGUGGGCACAGCAGCUUUAUCUGUGAAGAUUGAAGAAUCAUCAUUUGAUAUUAACAGGUCUUCGAGUCCAUGUACAGAACAAAUUGUCAACAUUCAAAGCAGAAGCACCUUGCUACUGUAAUAAUGUAUCCCCCCUA